AUGUCCGCAACCUCUCCCGUGACUAAGGAUGUUACCGAAGAUGGCGAGUUAGAUCAACCGUCACUCAAAUACUAUGCUCAGGAGGUUAAAAAACGUUUGGACCAAGAAAAAGAAAGUGCUGAGGAAAAUAGCUUUCUUCGUUCAUCCCUUCGAAGAUCUGACCGAUUGAAAGCAAUUGAGAAUUAUCGAAGAAUUAUUAAAAACGCAGAGGCAGAAAAGCGACCAGAACUGAAUGAGGCCUUUGAAGGCGAUGAAGGUUGGGCAUACAGUCGUGCAGGUACAGAUUUUUGUUUUUCAAGGGCUGAAUCUUCUUUUUGCCUUAGCUGUGUGAGUAAUUAUGCUCCCUACCUCGCAUUGGUUGAUGGAUAA